AUGACAGAUUACUUCUCUUGCAUUUUCACUUCCGACUGGUUUACUACAGAAGAGGUUAAAGCUGCUAUCUUCUCUAUGCAUCCUGAUAAAUCUCCGGGACCUGAUGGAAUGAGCCCGGCUUUCUGCAAGAAGUAUUGGACUAUCAUUGGCCCUGCUGUCACAGAAGCGAGCUUGAAUUUUUUGAAUAAUAGUGCUUUUGUCCCGGAACAGCUAAUUUCUGACAAUAUUAUGGUUGCAUAUGAGGUUAUUCACAACCUGAGAAGAAAAGCAGAAGGCAAGGCGGGUAGCGCUAUUCUAAAAAUUGAUAUGAGCAAGGCGUAUGACCGCUUAGAGUGGGGUUUCUUACAGGGAACUUGGUCCAGUAAUUCCAGAAUGGGGCUUACGACAGGGAUGCCCACUGUCGUCGUACCUUUUCAUAAUGUGUUCGAAAGCUCUCUUAUGGUCCAAGAAUCUCCUUCCCUGGGAUUUUACUUGGGUCUGCCUUCCUUGGAGGGUAGAAAUAAACAAGAGGUGUUUGGCUUCAUAAAGGAUAAAAUCUGGAAAAGUUUACAAAGCUGGAAGAAACUCCUAUCACGAGCAGGGAAAGAUGUGUUGCUCAAGUCUGUGGUGCAAGCGAUCCCCACUUACACUAUGUCAGUUUUUCUCCUUCCCCAAAAUUUGUGUGCCGACUUGCAAAGACUUAAAAACAAGUUUUGGUGGGAUUCUGGCUCUAAUGGUAGUACUGGCAUUCAUUGGAAGCACUGGGAAGCACUUUGCUGUUCAAAAUCCUUUGGAGUUAUGACGCUUGCUUGUCUUCCCAAACACAAUGGCGGUGAGGCUAUACAAAGCCAGACUGGCAGUCUACUUAGGGUGGGCAACGGCAGGUCUAUCUCCAUCUGGACUCACCCCUGGCUCCCUGAUGCUCUUAAUCCCCAUAUCACAUCUGCUCGACCUUCUGCGUGUGAGUUCUUCUCUGUCAGUUCUCUUAUCCAAACUGAUGGCAAAUGUUGGAAUAGAGAUACUUCGCAGAGUUUGUUCUCGGACAGGGAUAUAAACUUGAUUUUGCGGACCCCUUUGUGUAGUCAAAGUAGAGAGGAUGGUUGGCAAUGGUGUGACGAAAGGAGUGGAGUUUAUUCGGUUCGUAGUGCUUAUAGAAGGCUGAGUUCAGGAUUCCCUAUGAUCUCCACUGUAAUAAUGAAACCAUUCCGGGUCAAGCUCUGGGCUCCAAAGCUCCCUCCAAAGGUGCUUAAUCUUGUCUGGCGCAUUGGCACGAGAUCAAUUCUAGUUCGUCAAGCUUUGGCAGUUCUUAAUGCAUGUAUUCAUAGAGUGUUCUUUUGCCUGAGAUUGCUGGCUGCGAGUAUUGAAUGGAGCACUAGCAAUUUUUGA